AUGUCGUCCGACUCGGCCAUGCGCCAGUGGACGCUGGUACUGGUGCUGACCGCUCUUUUCUUGUCGCUCGUCGUCGUCGGCCAGAUCGUCGCCCGCUACGGCGCCGCCUACCGGGCCGCCCCCCGCGAGAUUGCUGCCCUGCUGGACUCCGCCGACUCGUCGCUGCACGAGAACGAGAGCUACGACCGCGACGUUGCCAAGGUCUCCCGCCGCGACGACAAGAUCCGCCUCGGGCGAUUGCUUGGUGAGAUUCAGCGCGCCGGCGACGACUUGCGGGAAGACCUCAACAAUGUUCUGGUCUUGCGGCGAGAAUUGGACAGCGGCCUUGACUACCCCGAAAAGGAUCUCGACGUCCACCUGAACCCCAGCCUCCCUCGUGGCUCAGAGCGGAGACGAACGACGGCGUCAACCGACUCGAGACGACCGCCGAUCGACCCCAUCCAAUCCUGCCCGUCACCACGCCUCAGGACCUCGGCGCGCGUCCUUUGGGCAUCCAAGCGCACCCAUCUCGAAGAGCGCCUGCGCCGCCUCGACCUGCUGAGGAUGCGCUUCUUGGUCGUCUAUAUGAGCAUCGUCGCUGCCACGGCCACGGCCGCCGCCGAGCGUGUCGAGAAGAGCGCCGAGAAAAGCGCCGAGAUUGCCACCACGAAUGCGGCCAAUGCGGCCACGGCCACAACCGCCCGGAGCACUCUCGCACGGACCACCCGCAACAUAUCGAACGGCAGCCGGACCACCAGCAGUCACAGCCCCAGCGGCAGCGGCAGCGGUAGCGGCAGCGACGACUCUUCGUGCAGCAGCUCGAGCAGCUCUGCCGCCAACAGCCCACUCAUCAGCGCCACUCCUUCCAUGCCCUCCUCCCCUUCAGCGCCGACCAAGACGGCCGCCUCCAUCGUUGCCGCCUCCAUUGCCGCCGCCGCUGCCGCCGCCGUCGCGGCCGGCGACACUGACGACGUCUACUAUCCCUUGUCGCCCGCCAGCAUGCCGGGCUCGCCAGGCUCGCCAGGCUUUGGCCACCCCCAUCCUUUCUUGCGUAGCAUCCAACAGCAGUCCGAGUCGCCCUUACAAGAACCUUCACCACCGGCGACGCCCAAUGCGAAUGCCAGUGCCGAUGCCGAGUUUGACAGCCCGCGGCGCAAACCACCAUCACGGCGCGUCACCACACUCGGCAUCCGUCCGCCCGACGCUACUCCCGAACACAACCACCGCGCUGGCUGGAUAGGGGUCGUACAAGAGCUGCAGCGGUCACCUUUGCUUCACAAGCGCCACACAUCCAUUGAAAUGUCCAUGGCCCGUCGGUGA